AUGAAUAACAGCGGUGCGAUAAACAAUGGUACCCAGGAUUUUCCAUCAGAGUGUCCUUAUCUCCCGUCAUCACCAGUGCUUCAAUGGAUAAAGAACGUUGUGUACCUGCUCAUUCUGCUUUUAGCCUUAUUUGGAAACGCAUCAAUCAUGUGGAUAGUAUACAAGCAAAGGCGCAUGCACACAGCAACAAACUACCUUAUAGUCAAUAUGGCGGUAAGCUGAGCUAUUUAGCUAAAACCUAACAUUCUUUCAAAGAAAUUUUCACUGUCGAGGAUAAUUUUAAACGUAAAACUCAUGUAAACGAAGUCCAAAGAGUUGUUAGGAAAGAUAACUUAUGGGUUCUUUCAACUGAUGACCCUCCGGAUACUCACUUAUGUCUUUGAUUGGUUAUUAGCCACGUCAGGUGAACCCUACCACUUACUCACAUUUUGACAAAUGUUUGACAAGUUUUUCUUAAAUCUUAAAUGGGAUCUAUGAACACACAAUCAAGCAGGCGUGACUCGUAUAGGUGCUGUCGUGUUUCUGGAAAGCAAUUCCCACUCCGUGUUAUGCUUCUCCGUCUCGAACCGCCCCAUUACUCCUUCUUCAAAGGAGACUGCUACCUCUGUAACCGUCUCCUUCCAUCCCAUCUGAUGCCUUCCCCGAUGACUUAUCCUUAGUGGUUCCCAGUAGAGUAGCCCGUUUAAGACGUCUCGUUGGUUUCAUUCUGACCACUUGUUGCAGCCGUUCCCACCGAGGGAGAUCUGAGAAUGGGAGCUGAGCAGAUUUUCUGAACACUUCCUUAUUAGUGACUUUGUCACAACAGAUGAUAGUCAGAAGGAAGGCUUAUAGACUCUUCUAUUCUUCCACGUUAACGUUCCAAGCUUCUUCUCCAUAUAAUGAUGCUAUGAUUACUAGUGCCUCAUGUACUAUACUUUUUGAUGGAAGGUUGAUUGCUCUGUGCAAUAUGAUAGCCGUGGGUAGAAUCGGCAUCUGCUGCAUGCCAUUUGCAAUUUUUCACAGAGGUCUUGGCGAGGUCUGCAUCUGAUGCACCAUUGUGCUAUGCUGUACCAAGAUAGAUCAGUCUGCCCUACAUUUUCCAGAUGUUUUUACUGAUUCUGAUGUUCCACAAGGCAAUGCGAGUCAUGAAUUUUUGUGUUUUCAGUAAGGCCGAUUUACCAUUCUUUUUUUUUCUCUUCUACGUCGUCGUCGUCGUCUCCUUCCCCUGGGGGUCAUGCGUUUAGAAUCCUUCAAUUUUUUUAAAUUUGGUACAAAAUGUGUCAAAAAAAUAAUUAAAUAAAAUUGUCGAGAUGUAUGUUUGACACAAAGGUCGUGUUCUAUUAACCAACCGUUUCAACCAAAGCUUGUUUUGUCCGUUUUGGCUGAUUUGAAGUUCUCCAACAGAAUAGUUUCCAAACCGUUUUAGGUUGAAAGGCGGUUGUGACUGGGUAAUUUUCCGAGACUUCCUUAGACUUUUGUUGCAAAGAUUUUAAACGUUUGGCGAAAGAGUUUUAAGCGCAUAUUUUUUUUGCAAAAAAACACAACACUUGAAAAUCGAUGCCUGCUUAAAGAUCAGUGGACGAUAACCAUUGUUUUCACCCAUUUUAACCAAGUUCUGAGUUGGUUGAAAAAGUUGAGCAACCAAACCAACCAAUGAACAGCUUUUUCCCAAUAGAACCUAAAAAAAACAAAACCAACCAAAAACUGUUGGUUCAAAUAAAACACGACCUAGCAAGUAUUUUGCUACUUUUCUUGGUAGGUUGGAGAUCUUUUUAUGGCCAUCUGCAGUAUGAUACCCACCACUAUCAGUAUGUUCCGUGGCAUCCACUCAUGGGUGAAUGAUGGUCUUUUUGGACAAAUUUCCUGCAAACUGCUUCUCCUCUCACAAGGAUCAUCGAUGGCCUGCUCAAUUAUCACUCUUACAGCCUUGGCUUUUGAGAGGUACUUUGCUGUUGUUUUUCCAAUGUGGAACGCCGUAAUUGCAACGAAAACAAGAUGGACGGUAGCUCUUGUUUGGAUAGCUUCGUUUGCAUACACAUCACCAAUAAUUUAUGCUGGAAAGGUCCGACUUUAUAAAGGUGUUCCCUUUUGCAUUGAAGAAUGGGCCCCUGCGUUUGACCCUAAAAGAGCUCCAGCGAUUUACACCAUCGUUUCCUUUGUGUUAUUGUAUGCAUUACCACUUUUAGUGAUUGCUGUUUUGUACUCAAUCAUAAUCGCCAAAGUUUGGGCGAGGCACAUUCCAGGCAACGCAACUCCAGCAAACGUUCGACUCUUGAAUAAAUCCAAGAAAAACGUGUUAAAGAUGUUGAUGACAGUGGUUCUUGCCUUUGCACUGUGUUGGUUUUUGAUGUACCUCAACUUGUUUUUGCAAGACUUCAGCGACAUUUUCAGUCCUUGUGGAAUUCCAGUGGGUAUGCAGACCACCGGGUUUUUGUUUGGUCAUGCAAACAGUGCCAUCAACUGCUGUAUAUAUUUUAUUUUCAGUCAAGAUUUCCGACGCGGAUUUAAAGAUCUCGCGACGCCUUUCUUUCGGAAAAGAUCAACUUUGCUUCUGGAAAACACACGAGGAGCCACAAUGGAUACGACACGAGAUAGUCAGAAAAGCUCUCUCAAGCCACAAUCUUUCAAACUUACCCACAACACCAAAGUUUAA